CUCCUACUUCACCAUCAUCAUUAUUGAUAAAACUUGCAUGGUUGUUGAGGUAAUACAAGAGGCUUAAAAAGUGGAUCGAAUGGAUGGGAAGAGACCUCUCCCUCCCAAUGAUCCAGAAAAGAAAGAAGUCGUCCAAAGUUUUUUAUCAUGCACAUCAGCUCGAGCUGAUAAUGAACUUUCUGCAAUGGUAUCAGCCCUUACGUAUGUGAUCAGCUCAAGCUACCAAGCAAGAAAAGGAGAGGGGGGAGGCGAAGGGAAAACUGCAACGAUCGAGGUCCAAAAUCCGGUGGUGUUGGGGUCUGGUGCAAGGGAAAUUUGUCAACCUUUUGAAGAGCAUGGAACACACAGAAAGCACUAUAGAGGAGUAAGGCGAAGGCCAUGGGGAAAAUGGGUAGCUGAGAUAAGAGACCCAAAGAAGGCAAUCCGUGUUUGGUUAGGCACCUUUGACACAGCUGAGGAUGCAGCAUUAGCUUAUGACGAAGCAGCACUAAAGUUCAAAGGCUCCAAAGCUAAGCUCAACUUUCCAGAACGAGUCCAAGAUCAAAUUGAUCUUGGCUUCUUAGUAUCCAAAGACAUUAAUCCUGAACCAAUCCCUAAUAUCAUAGUCCCCUCCUACCCAGACCUUAUUCAAUAUGCACAACUUCUCCAAAGCAGCGAUGAGGAUUUACAAAAUGUGGCCUCUGCACUAUAUGUUAGAGAACCCACCCUUUUAGGGGCUUCUCAGGUGCCACGAGCUUCUACCUUAACAUCCCCAUUGGCAUUUCCACAAUUUGGACCAAGCUCAUCCUCUUUGUUGAGCUCGAGGACUAAAGAUGAUCAAGGGGAAGAUAGUACAGAAACUAGCCAACCAAGAGAGUGAAAACAUCAAUUUAGUUGGUGCAAUGCAAUAGUUUUAGGGACAAGAAUUGAGGAGAGGUUUAUAUGGUCUAUUGAAGAUUUUGUGUUUUUUUAUAGAUCUUCAAUUCGGUUGAUUUUUGUAUUGUCUAUUUGCCUUUAUUUUUGAUC